UUGAAGCCGAGAACCAACUGUCGACGGGACGAAUAGUUGGAUAAAUGAGUCGUAUCACAAGGACUGACAUGAGAACGAACCCUGAACCGUCACCGUGUAGUCGUUUUUUAUUUUGCUUCAGGGGUAUAUAAUAACGGAUAAACACAAACCAACGGAAUAACCAACCGUCUAUUCAUCUAAAUCUAUGAUCAGCUCGGUGUGUGUUUCGUCUUACCGAGGACGAAAGUCAGGUAACAAACCUCCGUCCAAGACAUGUCUGAAGGAAGAGAUGACCAGGGGGGAAGACUCGGAAAAAAUUGUUAUCAAUGUUGGUGGCACAAGACACGAAACCUACAAGAGCACACUUAGGACCCUACCGGGGACACGCCUGGCCUGGUUAGCCGACCCGCCAGAGCCAAACGCAAACAAGGAACCCCUCCCCGUAGGACCCAUAUCGCCAACUACAAACGAGUUAUUUUUCGACAGGCACCCUGGCAUAUUCGCUUAUGUAUUGAACUAUUAUAGGACUGGCAAGCUUCAUUGCCCCGCCGAUGUCUGCGGGCCUCUUUUUGAAGAGGAGUUGGCGUUUUGGGGGAUAGAUGAGACCGACGUGGAGCCGUGUUGCUGGAUGACAUACCGGCAGCAUCGGGACGCAGAGGAGGCACUGGACAUAUUCGAACCACCGGACCCAGAUGACACGGACGAUGAACUACCUAGACGGUUCGGCAUUGAGGACUGCCCGGAAAGAUCGAGGGGAUGCUGCGAAGUUUGGCAACCAAAGAUAUGGGCACUCUUUGAGGACCCCUACUCAUCCAGGGCUGCUAGAGGCAUAGCGUUUGCCUCCCUCUUCUUCAUUCUGGUUUCCAUCACUACGUUCUGUCUGGAGACCCACGAGUACUUCAAUGACCUGCAGAACCGCACGGAACACGUGGUGGUGGGGAACCACACGGAGGUGGUGGUCUCGGUGGAGGUGGUGACCAAGCCCAUUCUGACCGUGGUGGAGGGCGUUUGUGUGGUCUGGUUCACCUUGGAGUUCUUCGUCCGCAUCGUUUGCUGCCCCGACAAGCUGCUCUUCAUCAAGAACUUGUUAAACGUCAUUGACUUCGUGGCCAUCCUGCCCUUCUACCUGGAGAUGGGCCUCAGCGGCCUGUCCUCCUCUAAAGCAGCCUCCGACAUCCUGGGGUUUCUACGGGUCGUCCGCUUCGUCCGGAUCCUCCGGAUCUUCAAGCUGACCAGGCAUUUUGUCGGUCUGAGGGUUCUGGGCCACACGUUGAGAGCCAGUGUCAACGAGUUCUGCCUGCUUAUCGUCUUCCUGGCGUUGGGCGUCCUCAUCUUCGCCACGAUGAUCUACUACGCAGAGCGGAUAGGGGCCCAACCGGACGACCCACGCGGCUCUAAACACACCCACUUCAAAAACAUCCCCAUCUCCUUCUGGUGGGCCGUGGUCACCAUGACCACCCUGGGCUACGGGGACAUGUACCCCCAGACGUGGCUGGGCAUGAUGGUGGGCGCGUUGUGCGCCCUGGCGGGGGUGCUGACCAUCGCCAUGCCCGUGCCUGUUAUAGUCAAUAACUUUGGGAUGUACUACUCCCUGGCCAUGGCUAAACAGAAGCUGCCUAAGAAGAAGAAGGCGCACAAUCCGAACCCGGACGCUCCCACGGACACGGCCUCGUUCGGGAAGUCUGUCGCUAACUCUCCCAGGGACAGUACUCAGAGUGAUACGUGUCCUCUGGCUGCAGAGGAUCAUAUCAACAGGAACCGCUCAGACUCCAAGCAGAACGGAGACGCCAACUUGACUCUGUCGUCGGAUGAGGGGUGCAGCCUGACCCAGCCGCUGUCACCCAGCGAGAAGUGGAACCUACGGCACGGCCACGGCCGCAAACAUGCCCGGUCGGUCAGGGGGAACAAGGCCACCAAGAAAGAGGCAACCUGCUUCCUGCUUACCUCUGGGGACUUCUCGUGCACUGGAGGAGAGCACACCAUACGCACUGAACCCUCUUAUCCUCACCAUGACAACCCUGAGAACCAUAACAACCCAGAGUAG